UUAUACAAAAUCUUUGCUCAAAUACCAAACUCUUUUGCCUUCUUCUUCUUCUUUUUUCUUCCUUCUCUCAGAUUCUCUGGACCAAGAAGAUGGAUUCGUGAAUCCAUCUCCUCUCUCUAUCUAACCUUCUGUUCCUCUGUUCCAAAAGCUUCUAAAAGCAUCGAUGGCGGAGUUCAUCUGUUUAUUCGGAAAGGUCUACUCUUCCUCUCUUAGAUCUUUUCUAUGAUUAAGCUUCUCUGCAUGUAUGCUUUAUCAGUGUAACCUACCAGCAAACUCUGUUUCUAUCUCCACAAAGAUUUAAAGUAUCUCUACCUUACCUUUUAUGUUUAUUCUUGAUUCCGACUUUAAUUCGAACCAAAUCUUUGGUCUCUUAUUUGAUGUUAAUAAGAUUGUAAUAAAGCAACCAAAGAAGUCACCUCUGUUCUUGAGGAUGAUAGUUUUAGUGUUUGCAAUGGUGUGUGGUCUCUACAUGUGCUCUGUUUGCUUAAAACAGUCCAGUCUCCAAAGCUCUCAACUUGUUCCAACUCCUGUUGAUUCUCACUCAUCACACCAUGUUAUUACUCGGAUUCAUUACCCAAAGCCACAGACUUUUAGUCGAGCUGAAUGUGGGCACAAUCCCGUGAGGUUCUUUGCGAUACUGUCGAUGCAGAGAUCAGGAAGCGGUUGGUUCGAAACGCUGUUGAACAGUCACGACAACGUGAGUUCCAACGAAGAGAUCUUCUCGGUUCUCGAUCGAAGAAAGAACGUUUCUUCGAUCGUUAAGACGCUUGACAGAGUUUAUAAUCUUGAUUGGUUCACGAGCGCUUCGAAGAACGAGUGCUCUGCCGCGGUUGGGUUCAAAUGGAUGCUUAACCAGGGCCUGUUGGCUAACCACGAAGAGAUUGUGGAUUACUUCAACCGGAGAGGCGUCUCGGCUAUAUUCUUGUUCAGAAGGAAUCCUCUGAGGAGAAUGGUUUCUGUGCUGGCGAAUUCUUAUGACCGUUACGCUAAGCUGUUGAAUGGAACUCACAAGUCUCAUGUUCAUUCUCCUGAAGAGGCAGAUGCACUUUCUAGGUACAAGCCUGUGAUUAACUCGACAUCUUUGAUCCAUGAUUUACGAGAAACAGAGAGUUUAGCUGCAAAGGCUUUGGAGUAUUUCAAUACCACUCGUCAUAUGGUUGUCUUCUACGAAGAUCUCAUAACAAAUCAAACGAGGUUGAAGCAAGUUCAGGAGUUUUUGAACAUUCCUGUGAAGGAUUUGUCAAGCAGACAGGUGAAAAUACACAGAGGAGAUUUGUCGGUUCACAUCAAGAACUGGGAAGAUAUAAACAAGACGUUGAAUGGGACCGAGUACGAGAAGUUUCUACGAGCAGAUUACUAGUGUUUUUUUUUUAUUAUCUAAAGACUUUGUUCUACGUUCAACUAAAGGUUUUGCAAAAAUGCAAAAAAAAAAGAAGGUUCUUUGUAUAAAAGUGGGGCCCUAAGUUUAGAUAACAAAGUUGUUGCUUUUUGAUAAGGGUGAACACGGCUCUCCAAAAUAUUUGGAGGUAGAUAUUUUGAUCAGUAGUAUUUUUUUUGGAUCAACCAGUAGUAUUUUUUUUUAUCA